GUAAGGGGCAUCGAUCGGCCUGUCUGUCUGUAUGGGUGUCUGUCUGUCUGGCUCGAUCGGUGUGGGCUAGUUGCGCGCCACACGUGCUGGAGUGCGGCGGAAGGGGUAAGUGCGCUCUGCGUCUUCCGUGCCGUUCUUCCACACCUUCAUCUCCCCCUGAUGCCUGGCCGCCCCCCGCCACUCCAUCGUGUUCUCGAUCUCGGCGCACAUCCGGCACCGCUUGCCAGAGUGACCCUCCCCGCCCUGACGCUUCCGCUCUGUUGCCCGGCAUCAGUCAUCUCGAUGUCUCCAGCACCGAGUGGCCUGUUGGCGGGUGGGCCGCGUCGCACCCGACGGCGUCGGCGACCAUGGCUCGGUGUGGGGUGAGCGGCAGCGGCAGCGGCAGCGGCACCAUUUGGGUUGGGUUUGGGGGGCACGGAGUCGUCGUCCACCGGGAACGCGCCGGCAGCGUCGUUGAAUGGCUGCACAUGGCGUCUGGCGGCGGCGAGGUCGUCCCCCGUCUCAAACACCACCAAAACGCCCUGAGAUUCAGAGGAUACAUACAAUGAAAAGGAUGAUUGAUGCACGUGCAGCGCACAGAGAUGUGUUGGUUGUGUGGGUGUGUACCUCGAUGUACCGCUGCUCUCCGAAAAGAUACUGCUGGCCGGCCCUUUGGAGGCGAUCGGCGAGUUCGUGGGUGUUCAGCAGGCGGUAGUCGGCUCGGUGGCGUAUGGGGUCCAGGUCUCCCCAGAAGCCCCGCUCGAGAGGCCGCACAGGCACGAAGUGGGGAAUCCUGUCAAACGCAGCAGCCAGCAACUCAGUGAAUGGGUGUGCCUGUCUCUCUGUCUGUCUGUCUGUCUGUCUGUCUGUCUGUUGCUUGCUGAUUGCCGUACGUACGUUUGGCCGUCACCGAGGAGGUCCAGCUGCUCCGUCAGAAUGAUCCCCCUCACUCGCCCCCGCCCCAUGCCCAUGAGGGUCUGCAGCCUCUCGAACACGGACUCGCCACGCACCUGAAUGCACGCCAAACACCCACAGGUGCCUGUGCCUCAUAGACCCACAUAGAUGCCACCAUACCUGAGCAAGGCACAUGGCCCGCAGUGGGGGGCCCCGGCGACUGCUGAGGUUGAUGCAUCGGUGCAUAUUGGUGUUGAUUAUCACGUCGUAGUCCUCCACUCGGCCCCCGCUCUCGCUGUGGCGGUAGAGCGGCUCGUUCCCCAGCUGCUCGCGAUCGAACAGGCUGUUGAUGGCGUACUGGCCACAGUUGAAGUCGAAGACGGGCUUGCCGUUGGCGAUGCGGUAGAGCUCCUCCUGCUCGUACCAUGGGAACGAUGCGAGCACGGCAUUGGGGUCCCGAUGUGCAGAGCUACCUCAAAGAACAAGUCGUGCGCACGAGCGAGGUGAAGCGAGAGGAAAUUCUGCACGGAUUAACCGAUUAACCAAAAAAGGAAGAAAAGAGACUGUCUCGUGUUGCCGCGUUUCUCGACACAAAAAAGCAAGUGGCAAGUUUUUCGCUUUCUCUGCGUCUCUCCGAAAGAGUCUUAAGUUGCCGAAGCCGCGCACGAUGAUGAUAUCGAUGCGUCGUUUCAGACUCAUUGCCAU